GCGCUGACUCCCCGCACUCGCUCCGAGCCGCCACCGCCGCCUCCUCUCUCUCGACUGCGCGCUCGCGAGUCGCGCCAUGCCCGCACUCGCCUAAGGAACCAUGGAGCCGGGCUCGGAGUCGCAGCCGCCGUCGCUGCUGCUGCUGCUGCCGCCGCUGCUGCUGCCGCUGCUUCUGCUCGCCGGCCCCGCGACUCUCGCUUCAGCCCACUAUGGCUCGCAGAGGGCCCAGGAGGACUGGUGGGCCUACAAGGAAGUGGUGCAGGGGAACUUCAUACCCGGCCCGGCAUUCUGGGGCCUGGUAAACUCUGCAUGGAGCCUGUGCUCCGUAGGUAAGAAGCAGUCACCCGUCAACAUCGAGACCAGUCGGAUGAUCUUCGACCCCUUUCUGCUGCCUCUGCGUGUCAACACUGGCGGAAGAAUGGUCAGUGGCACGAUGUACAACACGGGGCGGCACAUGACGCUACGCUUGGACAAAGACCACCUCGUGAAUAUCUCUGGAGGCCCCAUCGUCUACGGCAACCGCUUGGAGGAGAUCCGACUCCAUUUUGGCAGCAAGGAUGGACAAGGCUCAGAGCACAUGCUGAACGGACAGGCGUUUGCAGGAGAGGUGCAGCUAAUUCACUACAACCACGAGCUCUACACAAACGUGUCGGACGCAGCCCGCAACCCAGCAGGACUCACCAUCGUCACCAUUUUUAUGAAGGUGUCGGAGACUACUAACCGGUUUUUGGACAGACUGCUCAACCGAGACACCAUAACAAGAAUCGCAUACAAAAAUGAUGCCUACCUGCUUCAGGGUCUAUCUGUCGAGGAACUCUACCCAGAUACGUCAAGCUACAUCACAUAUGAAGGAUCCAUGACGACGCCACCCUGCUAUGAGACCGUCACCUGGAUAGUCAUGAACAAACCCGUGUAUAUCACUCACCUGCAGAUGCAUUCCCUUCGACUACUCAGCCAAAACCUUCCAUCCCAGAUCUUUCUGAGUAUGAACGACAACUUUAGGCCAACUCAAACGCUCAGUAGCAGAUGCGUCCGCACCAAUAUCAACUUCAACUUUUCUGGCAGAGACUGCCCCAACAAGAAACCGCAAAAGCUGAAGUACAGAGUCAAUGAAAUUAUUUUGAAAUAAGAAGAAACUAUUCAACACUCACGGUGCACAAGAAACCCGUCCGUACUUUUCUUUGCAAGGUGUACAUUGGAGAAUAUUGAGAACGAGGGUGCAUAACAUUUUGAUAAUCACUUAUAUUCUUUAUUCUGGAAUCCACAACGGCUGGGGGGGGCGGAGGGGGGGCGGCGCUUCCCCACAUGGCAACAUCAUCACGGCACUUGUGCGUUACCUGACCGUGUUACCUGGCCGUAUUGCCCGGCCGUGUUUCCUGGCCGCGUUACCCGUCCACGUUACCCGGCCGCGUUACCCCGCUGUUACCCGGCCAUGAUACCCGGCUGUGUUACCCGGUUUUGUUACCUGGCCGUGUUACCCGGCUGUGUUACCUGGUUGUUACCCGGCUGCGUUACCUGGUUGUUACCCGGCUGCGUUACCUGGUUGUUACCCGGCUGUGUUACCUGGUUGUUACCCGGCUGCGUUACCUGGUUGUUACCCGGCUGUGUUACCAGGCUGUUACUCCGCUAUGUUACCAGACUGUGUUACCCAGUUGUGCUACCCGACCGUGUUACGCGGCCGCGUUUCCCGGUCAGAGCGAUCGUGUUCGCAAUUGGUAACAAAUUCUGACGCUUUCCAGCCACGGUAAAUUAAAUGACCAAAAUGAAUGUUAAAUUUAAUUAUAAUCUAAAACUGUACCGUACUACUGUUGUCUUUUCACUCAUGUUUAUGCAAAGUAGAUUAUUAAUUUCCCAUGACCAAUUUAGGAAAUCCAGUAUUUUAGUGAUUUCUAAAAUGGAAAGUGAAGACUAUCUCUAUAUUGGCUGGUUUAUAAGUAUUGAAGUCAUAAAAAAACUGUAUAGUGCAUUGGGAUGCAACAGUUUCUCCCUGGUUUGUGUACGUGCCAAGUUAAGGCAUGAUGGUGAAUGUGUUCAGGCCGUACGUGUAGUGUACAUGAAAAAAAACCUAAGAUUUUUGUACGGGUAGCAGAAGCAAAAUUGCUCAUCCUUCUCGUUUCAGCCUCUCAAAACGUUGCGGUGAAUUCGCUGAAACAAAUUGCGAUGGUCCCUUUUUCAAGAAGUGGGGCGGAAAAAGGCUCUUCGCUCCAGUUAAGUGAGCUCUUUGCAUGGCUGCGGUAGCUUUCAGGAGAUGAGUUAAAUGCUGAACAUGCCCCAACUCAAAACACACCAACCAGGUGGCCGGACAUAAGCGCAAACUUAAAAAAAUCUGAGACAAAUGUAAUUUUAGCAGUGGUGGCUCAUGGCUCCAGUUUGACAAGGAAUCAAACUCCGCUUCAGGCAUUUUCCAAACUCCGGUUGAAAUACAGGCAGGACUCUUCGGUCACUUGAGUACUGUGACGGCAACGUCAUGCCAGUGGAUUGAGUCAAUCAACAUUGAUUGGACAAAAAACAUGAAAUGAGGUAACCUUCCGGUAAAGAUAUUUGAAGACUCGCAGAGGCUUUUGUUACAAUAAAACAAUUGUUAAUCAUGAAGUGGGAUUUUCUCCAAGCGCAACCACACGUUGCCCUUCUCUUCCGAUCGCCAAUACAAUCCACCCGUACACAUUACCAUCGAGGACUGGGAAUCCCAUGGCAGAGAGUCCGUUUCCUGAAAAAUACAACUGAAGUCAUGAGCUGUGUA